AUGUGCUACUACGGCAACUACUACAGAGGCCUUGGCUGUGGCUAUGGCUGUGGCUACGGAGGCCUUGGCUGUGGCUAUGGCUGUGGCUUGGGGGGCUAUGGCUAUGGCUGCUGCCGUCCAUCUUGCUAUAGAAGAUACUGGUCUUCUGGAUUCUACUGA